AUCGUGUAAAACUUGGGGUUGGAUUUUUGUGUCAGUAUUGGGCCUACACGCAAUAUAAAUGUGACAUUGAGUGUACCCUCGAGACUGAGUUUAGUUACAUUGAGAAAUUGCACAGCAUUCGUGAGACUAUGAACGACCAGUGUGUUUGUUAGCUAGAGCAGAUGCCAGAGGCUAAAACCAACACAGUUGAUGAUAUGUUUGUACCGUUUGUAUCGAUCCUAAGGUUCUCAAGGUAGUAGUGGUUUGAAUGAGUUGCAUGUCAAGAAUAAUCAAUAAUGGUAUAAUUCAACUCCUGUAAUUCGGAUGUGCACAAUAUGGUAAGCAAAGCCCUAAAGAAUUGCAAGAUUGGAAUGGUGGGAUCUGCAGUCUGCUGCUGCUAAUGCAAAUUGGUUUCUGUCCCAGGUGAACAAUUGAUUCAUCUUUCUGCAUAUCAUGGUUCCUUGUAGAAUCAGUAUCGGAAGUCUUGGUGAGGACGGUUCUUAUAGCACGAUGGAAGAUGUGCAAGUGAGAAACUGCACCUUCAAGGGAACACAAAAUGGAGCAAGAAUCAAGACAUGGCAAGGCUGAUCAGGGUAUGCUAAGAACAUCAUUUUUGAGCAUAUCACAAAUCAAGAAGCCAAGAACCCUAUCAUUAUAGACCAGAAGUAUUCUGAUGAUUCCACUGCUGGAUUUGGAACUCUGGGUGACCAAGGCAGCGCUGUACAAGUGAGCGACGUGACGUUUUG